CACCAACUAAGCAAUUUCAACAGAGAUUUGUUCUAGAAGGAGCUUGCUGCUGCUUUAUCCAGGACAAGCGAAGACAUUCUUGUUAAACAUAACUACUUCCAUAGUUUAUGAUAAAUGUUGAUAUCUUCGCUAUUCUUCUGAAGGUACGCCAAGGAUGUUGAAAGGCCUUAGCCUUGGUAUAAAUAUGGAGCGCACAAAAUAUGACACGACAUGGAGUAGAAGUUGGCAGGAAUUUUUGCAAUCUUGUUCAGCAGGAGUACAAGCAAAGUGCGCACCUGUUGAGGAAUAAUAUAGCAGACACCGUUGAUUAGUCGUAGAAGCAGAAUUAGAGGGUGGUUAUGUCCCAAGAAAUAUCAUAUAUUGUUGGGCGUUCCAACUCAUCAACAUCAACAUGGACGAGUUCUCUACUUAUCAUUUGAAGAGCUUGAAGUUUGUUUGAAGAAGGUGCGCAUGAUGAUCAAACUCAAAGGAGAUAGAAAAGAACUCAAAGGAGACUCGAAGGUAGUUUAGGAGGAGAACUACUUCAGACGCGGCCAUGAUGAUGCGAAGAAGAAGAUCAUGAUUAUACUGAUGAUGAUCUUUCAGCUUGUAGAUGCACUAGAUGAGACGCUAGAAGUAUUUUUCGAAAACUCAAAAUAAGCAGUAGUUAAAGGCUUAUUUCAGUUUAUCGAGUAACAGUAACUACAUCUAAUAUCAUGCGACAAUCGUUCUUG